AUAGAUGAUUCUUUUGAUAUAUUAGUCAAAAUUCAUCUCAGCAUUGGUCACGGGAAACGUGAUGAAAUGCUUGAAUUUAUGAAGGAUAAUUAUAUCAUCAACAGCACAAUUGUUGAUCUGUUAUUUUUGAGCUGCAAUGUAUGCAACGUGAAAUGCAAUUUCGAAUAUCCUCCGACCUCUGAGAAAGAGAAAAUUGAUGCCACAAAAAACAAAGAUUUUUUACGUGAAUUGAGAAACACUGUUUAUUUGGAUCUGAUCAACAUGACAGAUCGUCCCGAUGGAUUAUUCGAGUAUCUCUUAAUUUACGUAUACAAAGAUUCGUCUUUUACGUUAUUAAGACCUUUAAUGAAGAAAUGUCCUAUAGAAAUAUCAAUGGAAUUUUUAAAAAUAUUCUUAGAUUUCGGACCACCGACGAAAUUCGAAGUAUUUGUACAAGACAGCGUAAUAUUUACUCAGGCACUUGACCAUUUGAAGUCUGUAUCCAUGUCUUAUUGUAUACCCAUUAUUGAUAGUUGGAAACCAGGUAUGAAUUCUGACUUUCCAACGAAUGUAUUAAGAAGUAUACAAGAAUGGAUCACCGACACAGGCGGGGAUAAUUGGGGAUUAGGUUGUCAUAUUUUACAAUGGAAACUUAACAAUCAAGCUAUCUGUGGAUCCAAUAAUGAUGAAAAAAAUGAAUCUCAGAAAUAUAGAACGCCAUACACGCGAUUUUUUGGUUCCAAUGUACAAGUUCCAUUUGAUUUAAGUAAUAUUGGAAAUGUUGCUGUACAAAAUUCAGAAGAAACUAAUGACAAUAGUUUCCCUAUUAUGGAUACUAUAACAUUGGAAGAUAACGAUAAAGAUGAUGAUGAAAUAGACGACCCCGUGAUAAUAGAAGAACCACCUCAAGAAACUUCUUUGUAUAAAAUUAUCAAUACAACAAGUAUACAAAUUGCGGACAUAGAAAGCAGAUCAACUAACGACAGUAAAAUGGAUGUAGUUGAAGAAGAGACAAAGCCUAAUUAGGCUUUUUAUUGCCUAAUUAGGCUUUGUCUCACAAAGCAAUUGCUUUGUGUGUCAGUCGAAAAUAUUUAAAGUAUUCCACUGCAGUGAGUGCAAGAAUCCUGUACACGUGUUUUGUACUACAAGAAAUAAAAGUACAUCUCCGGAUGGAACAUAUAGUUACACGUGCAGCUUUUGUACGGUUAAUGCUUGCAGCAUUUUGAAGUUUUAUUAAGAAAAAAAUAAAUAAAAAAGAACCACGCGAUUGUCCGAGAAUGUCUUUCAGCAUUUGAACCGUAGUAAUGUCGAUUUUAGAGGUGGUUGAGUUCGAUAAAAUACUACUCUGAAAUAGAGGCAAUAGAGCCUCGCACUUCAGAUGGCUGCUAUAUUUGUCACUUAUUUUUUUAUUUGUUUUGUAGGUGAUUCUAAAAAAAUGAACAAUAAAAUCACUAUCUUUUUAAGUUUGAAGUUCGAUAUAAAGUUUUUGGCUGUGCUUAUCCUGUUGUCGCGAUAUUUUAUUGUAAAUAGGAUUCAAAGAACAGAAUAAAUAGGUAACCAUAAUUUUGAUUAAAUGAUUACGGAAAAUAAAAAUUUAUUGUUUAUUUAUGGUUUAUUAUGUUUAUUAUUAGCUACCUAUUCCACUUUGAUUUCCUAGUCAUACUAGAUAUCCUACCAACAUUUCCACACCUAUAUAUCUCAAAGGACGUUUUUAAUUUCUAUGUGUUACGCAUGAGUCUUCCCUGCGUUCUUCUGACAAUCUCCGCCUCUAUAUUCCGUUAAACUUUUCAAAAUCUAUACGGUUAUGGAAUUCUUUACCUGAAAACAUUAGACGAGCUCAAAAGUUGGUAUCUUUCAAGACCCUAGUGUUAAGUGUUAAUUGUCAUUUUCAUGUAUUUUCAUUGAUGUAUUGUAUAUUUAUUAUUAUAAUUAUCAACGAUAUACCUAUAUAAUUGUUUAAGUUUCGUAUGCUUCUACUCAAAUAAAUAAUUUUAAUUUUGCAAUGCGCACACCUCACCCUCGCUUAUUUAUUACUGGGCAUAUGAUUUAUUUCAUAAUUAAGAUUUCCUGGAAGAUAUCGCUGUUAAGCGAUAAGGUCGCUUAUUGUACAAUUAGGAUUUUCAUGUUUGUAUAUAGUAAUAAUAAUAAUAAUAUAUUUAUUGUCCAAACCAUUUACAUUUUCAGUACAUAGGUUGAGACCUCCUUUUAAGUGCCUAUAAUAUAGUAAAGAUCUGUUGUGUGUUGUACAAUGAAUUUUAAAUAAUUAAUAAUUUUAAAUAAUUUUAUUAAAAUCCUAACUUGCAAAGUAAAAAUGGAACUAAGUAUAAAUGUAGUACAAACCUCUGAAAUUCUGAGAUAGGGGCCUGUUAGGUCCUGGGUAGCUCAGUGGUUAAUCGCCCGGAUAGCGAAAGGUCGUGGGUUCGAAUCCUAUCUCAAAGUACCAGGGAACGUAAUUCUGUUAAGCAUUUUUCAUUAAGCUUUAAGCUUUUCAUUAAUUUCUUAUUUAUUUAUUUAUUCAACAAAGUUUCAACAGCAGUUUAGUUAUUUCUAUACAAAAAUAAGUAUG